AUGGAGAAAUACCUGCGCGAGUGGCGCCAGGACGCCGUCAACCGGCACCAGUACGACACGGCCAUUUUCGUCGCCGACAAACUGCUGGCCAUUACAGGCGACGACCACGACGCCUUCUGGCUGGCGCAGGUGCACUUCAGCACGGGCAACUACAGCCGUGCCCAAUCGCUGCUCGCCCGCGGCAACCUCACCGCCCGCAACCCCCAGUGCCGCUACCUGGCCGCCCACUGCGCCAUCAAGCUGGGCAAGCUGGACGACGCCCUGCUCAUCCUCGGCGAGAAGAACCCCGCCCACCUCGUCUGCGUCCCCGGCAGCGGCAGCGCCCGCCAGAAGCUGCGCCAUGUCGACGUGCACCCGCGCCACACAACCGCCGCCGCCGCCGCCCGCAACGAGCGCCUGCCCACGAGCGAGGAGCGCGACCGCGAGGCCGCCGACACGCUCAAGUCCGAGGCCGCCAUGUGCUACCUGCGCGGCGUGUGCUUCGCCAAGCAGAACUCGUUCGACCGCGCAAAGGACUGCUACAAAACGGCCGUCCAGAUCGACGUACAGUGCUUCGAGGCCUUCGAUGCCCUAAUGGCCAACUCGCUCAUGUCGCCCCACGAGGAGUGGGCCUUUCUCGACGCCCUCGACUUCGACUCCAUCGCCGUCGCCGUCGCCGGCAGCCCCUCGCUCGCCCAGGAGGCCGCCCACUUCACCCGCCAGCUCUACACCACCCGCCUGUCCAAGUACGCGCGGCCCGACGACUUCAACACCGCCACCGAGACCCUCAGCACCCACUACCACCUCGCCGCCAACCCGGACAUCCUGCUGUCCCGCGCCGACCUCAUGUACACCCACGGCCGCUUCCGCGACGCCCUCGCCCUGACCUCGUCCGUCCUCGCCGCCGACCAGUACAACUUCGCCAUCCUGCCCCUGCACCUCGCCUCCCUCUACGAGCUGUCCGAGAAGAACGCCCUCUUCCUGCUCUCCCACAACCUCGCCGACACACACCCCAACGAGCCCGCCGCCUGGCUCGCCGUCGGCGUCUUCUACCUCGCCACCAACCGCAUCGCAGACGCCCGCCGCUACUUCUCAAAGGCCUCCAUGAUGGACCCGCACUUCGGCCCUGCCUGGAUCGGCUUCGCCCACACCUUCGCCGCAGAGGGCGAGCACGAUCAGGCCAUCUCGGCCUACAGCACCGCCGCCCGCCUCUUUCAGGGCACCCACCUGCCCCAGCUCUUCCUCGGCAUGCAGAACCUCCAGCUCAACAACCUCACCCUCGCCCACGAGUACCUCGACGCCGCCUACGCCCUCUGCGACACCGAUCCCCUCCUGCUCAACGAGAUGGGCGUCGUAGCCUUCCACGAGACCGACCUCACCGUCGCCAUCUCCCUCUUGCAGCGCGCCCUGUCCUACGCCCAGCAGAAUGAAGCCGACCCCGACACCAUCAUCCCCAGUCGCAUCAACCUUGCGCACGCCCUCCGCCGCAACGGCGACCUCGACGAAUCCCUGCGCGUCUUCGAUGACGUCCUGCGCCACGGCGUCAAAGACCCAAACGUCUUCACCGCAAAGGGCCUCGUCCUGCUCGAGCUGGGCCGCAGCUGGGACGCCGUCAUCGUCCUGCACGAGGCGCUCGCCAUCGCGCCCCAGGACCCCAUGGCCACGGACCUGCUGAACAGAGCCCUCGAGGCAAACGAGACCGACAGCGGCGUCUCCAUGUUCGAGCCGGCGCAGAGCCACAACGGCCAGCUGCUGAUCGAGGAUGAGGUCGACGACCCAGGCUUUGAAGAAGCGCUGAAGCGGCGCAAGAACGCCCUGCGCGACAUGGAGCCCAACCGCGUCGCCGGACGUCGGAGGCGCGGGAGGAGACACGCCGCGGGCUUCGUCGAUGAGGAGAGCGGCGCUGGCGAAAGCAUGCUCGUCGACUCUGACGAGUGA